UUUUCAAAAUGGAUAUUUUUGAUUCACGAUAUUUUAUAAUUACUAAAAAGGGCCUUUCAUGCUUUGGAAUUUGGUGUUAUCAAAAAACUUGGCAAAAAUUUUUAUUUCAAUUUUUUAUUUUUUCCAAUGUCAUUUCGAUUAAUUAUAUUCAGAGUCUUGAUCUAAUUAAUAAUUGGGGGAAAAAUUUAGAUGACGUGCUACAUUGUUUAGGUCAAAUAAUUCUUUUUCAAAUGGGCUUAGUUGAAGUUUGUAUUUAUUCAAUCAAUCAAAAAAAAAUUAUGCAUCUUGCCAAUUGUAUAAGAAAUGACUGGAAAUUAUGGUCAUCUUCAUAUGAAUUAAAAAUACUUCGUGAACAUGCGGAAACUGGUAGAAAUUUAACACUUUUGUAUUUUGGUUAUAAUUUUAGUGCGUUUUGGUCUUAUGUAUUAUUUUCUGCCUCACCAUUAUUACUUGGUGGAAUUUUUCCUAUUUUUUUAAAUUAUACAAUGAAACCACUUUAUCCCGCAGUAUAUCCAAUUGAUAGUGAUAAAUAUUAUUUAUAUAUUUUAAUACAUAAUUACAUGACAGCUUUGUAUACAUUGGCAGCAUUUUGUGCGUGUGACUCAAUGCUGGCCGUCACAACACAACACGCUUGUGGAUUACUUGCCAUUGUCGGCUAUCGUUUGAAAAACAUUUCAAUUGAUUUUCAAUCUAUUACCAAUGAAAAUGUAGGAAAGGAAAAAGAGUUUUUUCAAAGAAACUUGUUUUAUUUUAUUAAAUAUCAUAAUUAUGCUCUCAGAUAUAUAAAGGUGCUCGAGUCCGUAUACUCUCCUUUUCUAUUCUUUUCACUCGGAAUUAAUGUGUUGACAAUAAGUUUUUCUUUAGUUCAGACAUCACUUCAAAUAGAACAAAAUGAAAGUUUCAUAGAAACUGCUAUUCUUGCAUUAGCAACUAUUUCUCAUGUUUAUUUUCUUGGUUUACCUUCACAAAAUUUAAUAAACCAGAGCACUAAUAUUUCAUGGAAUAUGUAUAAUAGCGAAUGGUAUAUGUUGCCAAUAAAAAUAAAAAAAAUAAUACCUUUUAUAAUUAGACAAGGUGAUAUACAUUGUCAAUUAAGCAUUGGAAAAAUUGCUACUUUGAAUAUGGAAACCGUUUCACAAAUUUUAAAAAUGGCAUUUUCUUAUUUCACAAUGUUAUCAGCAGUUAGUAGUACAUCUAAAUAGUAAAACAAAAUUUUUAAUAGGAGAUUUCUCAGAUUUCAAGAGAAAAAUUAUAUUCAACAAUUUGGUAUUACCUGCAUUGGUUUUUGCACUUUCAUUUAUGAUAAUAAUAAUAA